AUGUCACAUACUUUGAAACUAUUAGAAAGAAUAAUAGAUGGCCGAAUAAGACAGGAAGCGUUUAUUGGAAGACAACAACUGGGCUUCAUGAAAGGAGUAGGAACGGUGGACGGGAUAUUCUGCCUUAGACAAACAAUGGAAAAGUAUCGAGAAAAGCAAAAAGUGUUACACAUGUUGUUUAUAGACCUAGAGAAAGCUUAUGAUAGAGUGCCGAAACAGGAAGUGAGGAGAUGUAUGCGCAAGCGAGGAGUGACGGAGAAAUACGUGGGAAUGAUUCAAGAGACUUAUAAGAAUGUUACCACCAAGGUCCGAUGCACAGUAGGAAUGACAGAUGGGUUUGAGGUUUAA